AAAUGGUUUCCAAAUUAAGUAAUAAAUAUUUAAUCUUGUUCAUGUUCUUCAAAUUGACCUUCUCAAGUACUAAACAUUCACAUGAAUACACCACAGAAUUGACCGCCAUUAGCUUUGCUGAAUUGGGUAACCCUAUUCUAACUGCUAUUGAGGUUAUGAAGGGAGGUGCUGACGGUAAGAAGGAAGAGAACUUUGGAGGGGGGAAUCUCGGGGCGUAUUACAACUUCAUGUACCCCGAUAAUACUGACUAUCCUUGGGCAUGUAUUUGUAACGCAGACGAUAUGAAAUUGUGGGAGAAGAAGGAGCAGCCUUACGUCAGAUGCCGUAAUCAGGAAGAUCUUUCUUUGCAAGACAUUCAGGCUAACUGUGACCCGUCAAAUGUUGCAGCCAAACAGGAUUUAUGGAAAGGGUUUUAUUUUCUUUAAAAUUAUCUCAAUAUUGACCACAACACAGCUCCUUUCACAAAUAAAUGAUAAAUUAGGUGGAUUUUAAUACUUUAAAUAGGAAUAAUUAAUAUUAAUGAAAAAAUUAAACUGUACUCAAAAGGAUUUAAUAUAUUAAUAUGGUGUUAAUAAAUAA